AUGUCGAAAGCCAGAAGUAGCUGUGUGGGGGGCAGAAGGAUUAAUUUCUUGGCCCCUUUCUUUUUUCCAGUUGUACUUGCCCAGAGGGUGAAGGUUCAGGAUGAGAUCACAGGCUACGUGGGGCAAGAGGUCACCCUGCCUUGCAAUUUUGCAAACACCAGCCCCGACAUCAAGGUCAGCCAGGUCACCUGGGUGAAGGAGGCGGGGACAAAGAAGCAAAACGUGGCAGUCUACCACCCAGACCACGGGCCCAGCUACCCAAUGGAGAAGGGCAGCGGGCGGAUCCGCUUCCAGGCUCAGUCCCUGCAGGAUGCCACCCUGGUCAUCGGGCCCCUGCGCAUGAGCGACGAGGGCAUCUACACCUGCGAGUUUGCCACAUACCCACUGGGGAACGAGGAUGGCAUCACUCACCUGAUAAUACUGGCCAAGCCCACCAACUUUGCAGAAGCCCUGGAAGUGAAAGCCGGGAACGCACAGGUACCCGUGGCUACCUGUACCUCAGCCAAUGGGAAGCCUGCUGCGCACAUCACGUGGCAGUCGUACCUGAAUGGCAACUUCACCACUUCGGAGGUGACCAACGCGAAUGGCACAGCGACUGUCACCAGCCACUACUUGAUGGUGCCCACCAAGGAGGCCAACGAUCAGCGUAUCUUCUGCCACAUCGAGCAAAAGGCCCUGGCGCAGCCAGAAUCUGUCCCAGUCACGCUCUCCAUAUUAUACCCCCCCGAAGUCGUCAUUCAAGGCUACGACGACAACUGGUAUUUGAGUCGCGAGGAGGCUGUGCUGACCUGCAGCGCCAUGGGGAACCCCCCACCCACCAACUUCAGUUGGACCACGUCUAGUGGUCACCUUCCAAAGAAUGUGGCUGUCAAGGGGGACAAGCUUGUGGUACGAAACGUGGACGCCUCUGUGAACACCACUUUUAUCUGCCACGCCCUCAACAGAGUCGGGAGGGUGUCGACUGAGCAAGUGAUCUUUGUACGAGACCAGCCAGCGAAGCGGCAGAGCGGCAGCGCUGGAGCUGUGGCUGGGGCCGUCGUUGGGGGGAUCCUAGCCCUGGCUCUCCUGGGAGCCCUGGUUUUCUUCUUCGUGCUCCGCCGGCGCCGCCUCCAGGCCACCAAGGGCUCCUAUGACCCCAAGACCCGGGUCUUCGGCAACGGGACUGCCCCACCUCCGGUCCGCACCUUUGCCGAACUCGACCGGCCUCUCAAAGCCGCUCCAGGACGAGGGCGGGAAGAGGAGGAGGAGGAGGAAGAAGAGGAGGAAGAAGAGAUGCGUAAGGAGCGUCGCUUGCCCUACGGCUACCCUCCCCACCACCUGGAGGACGAGGAGGAGCACUUCGACCAGCUGGGGCCGAUGUUGCGGCUUGGCUCCUCCCCCCACGGCUACGAGUACGACGACAUGGAGUCCCAGCACGACGGCUCCAUCAUAUCCAAGACUGCCGUCUAUGUGUGAACCUUGUC